GACCAGCAUCACAUCAUGACGCUCCUCGAAUGGCUCGAGGUUCCCCAGGAGGGCGAGACCAUUCCCGACCGAUGGAUCAACAGCGACAUUGAGCCCAUCCAGGCCGAUCGUCGUCGGUGGGGGUUCUGGACCUUUAACAACUACUGGAUUCUCAUCAACUCCAACAUCUCGACCUACAUGACCGGCAGCUCCCUGAUUGCCCUGGGGCUGUCAUGGUGGCAGGCCAUCGUCGCCAUCGUGGUGGGGAACCUUCUGGCCACCAUCUUCAUCGUCCUCAACUCGCUUCCCGGGGCAUACUACCACUUAGGAUUCCCCGUCGUGAACCGAUAUGUCUGGGGCAUGUACGGUAGCCAGUUUGUCAUCUGGAACCGCAUCUUCCUCUCCCUCAUUUGGUACGCCUUCCAGGCCUGGAUCGGAGGCGAGUGUGUCUACGUCUGCCUGCAGGCCAUCUGGCCCUCCCUCGAGGAGCGCAUCCCCAACCAUAUGUCCGCGACCACCGGCAUGACGACGGCCGAAUUUGUGGGCUACAUCAUCUUCAUGGUCCUCUCCUUGCCCGUAAUCUAUGUCCGACCGCAUAAGCUGCAGUCGCUAUUCUAUGUGUCCGCCGCCAUUGUCAUUGUGUUCGAGAUCGUCCUGCUGAUCUGGUCCCUCGCUACCAUGGGCGACCACGGCUUCGGUGAUACUCUGUCCUCCGGGACGUAUGGCUCGGGAUGGAUGAUCGCCUUUGGGAUCAUCAGCACGAUUGGUAGCAUCUGUGCUGGCAUCCUGAACCAGAACGACUACGCCCGAUUUGCGCGACGGCCCCGCGAUGCCAUCUACGGGCAGCUGGUCAGUGCGGCCCUGUACGCCAUCAUCUGCGGCGUCAUUGGCAUUUUGGUCACGGCUGCGACUCAGAAUCGCUAUGGCGAGGCAUACUGGAAUCUGCCUAACCUGUUGAGUGCCGUCAUCGCCACGGGGGGCUCCCGCUCGCGCGCCGCGGCCUUCUUCGGAGGGGCCGCGUUGAUCAUCUCGCAGCUGGGGGUCAAUGUGCCCGGAAACGCUCUCUCUGGCGGAUUUGAUCUCGCGGCGACCUUUCCCAGAUACAUCAACAUCCGUCGGGGCGCGUACUUGACGGCCCUCAUCUCCAUUGCAGCGAAUCCGUGGAAGCUGGUCAACACGGCCACGGUGUUUGUUACCGUCCUCAGCAGCUACUCGGUGUUCGUGGCGCCCAUGAUCGGGUUGAUGAUCGCGUCGUACCUGGGGGUCAAUCAGCAGAAGGUCAAGGUCCCGGAUUUGUUUGUCGGAGACGCCAGCAGCAUCUACUGGUAUACAUAUGGGGUGAACUGGCGGGCGAUUGUCGCGUGGAUCUGCGGCACAGUCCCGUCGCUGCCCGGCUUCGUGGCCUAUGUGAACCCGGCGAUUCACGUUCCCAUCAGUCUAACACAUUUGUACUAUAUCUGCUUCCUGAGCGGUACGUUCAUCAGCGGUGCCGUGUAUGUUGCGCUGCACUACGUCUUCCCCGAUCGACGCGUACAGGAGUUUGUGGCCUCCGCGCCUGCUGCUCGGCUCCUGAUGGAUGAAUAUCGCGAGCGGCUGGAUUCGGUGGAGACCAUUCGCGUGGGGGCUCCGAAGCUUGGGAGAGAGGACUGAAGUGGUUUGUGUGUGCAUUGAGUCAUUUAGCGUUUGAAUUUACCGCUUUUGCGACGUUAUGAGUUCUGUUCUUUUGAGCAAACGAUUAUGAAAUCUCCGUCGCACCACGGCCUGGAUCCGAGAUCUAAGACAACCUGGCCUUAAGCUACUGGCCUGUCCUAGGCUGCAGU